AUGACCCGCAGUGAAGAAUAUUCGCUGUAUCUAAAUAAGAAAAUUGCAAAUAAAAUGAGCGAAUCAGAAGCAAACACACCCUUCAUUCCAGCCUCAUCUUUACGAAAGCUUCCAGAUUUCAAAAAAUCUGUGAAAUUGAAAUAUGUGAAGCUUGGAUACCAUUACCUUAUAACCCAUGGAAUGUAUCUAUUUUUAUCCCCAUUGGUUGUGGUUACUGCAGCCCAGUUGUCCACGUUUUCGCUUCAUGACCUUUAUGAUCUUUGGGACCAUCUCAGAUUCAAUCUGAUAUCUGUAAUCGUAUGCUCGACCCUCUUGGUCUUUUUAUCAACUGUCUAUUUCCUCACUCGCCCUCAGCCAGUGUAUCUAGUGAAUUUCUCGUGUUAUAAGCCCGAUGAUGAUAGGAAAUGCACUAGGCAGAUUUUCAUGGAAAGAUCGCGGUUGACUGGUUCAUUUACUGAUGAAAAUCUUGAGUUUCAGAGGAAAAUUCUCGAAAGGUCAGGCCUUGGUGAGUCAACUUAUCUCCCUGAGGCUGUACUUAGGACACCACCAAAUCCAUGUAUGGCUGAAGCAAGAAAAGAAGCUGAAGCUGUAAUGUUUGGUGCCAUUGAUGAGCUGCUUGUUAAAACCUCUCUAAAGCCUAAGGACAUUGGGAUUUUGAUUGUGAAUUGCAGCUUGUUUAAUCCGACACCUUCUUUGUCUGCCAUGGUUAUUAACCAUUACAAACUCCGGGGAAACAUAAUUAGUUACAAUCUAGGCGGGAUGGGUUGCAGUGCUGGUUUGAUAUCUAUUGAUCUUGCUAAAGAUCUUUUACAGGUCCAUCCAAACACUUGCGCUCUAGUAAUCAGCAUGGAGAAUAUUACACUAAAUUGGUAUUUCGGGAAUGAGAGGUCAAUGCUUGUUUCAAAUUGUCUGUUCCGGAUGGGGGGGGCUGCCAUUUUGCUUUCAAACAAAAGAUCUGACAGGUGGCGAUCCAAGUACCGAUUGGUCCAUACUGUGAGAACCCACAAAGGUUCUGAUGAUAAAUGCUUUUCUUGUGUCACUCAGAUGGAGGAUUCCAAUGGCAAAGUUGGAGUUUCUCUGUCAAAGGAAUUGAUGGCAGUAGCUGGUGAUGCUUUGAAAACGAAUAUCACUACAUUGGGUCCCCUUGUGCUGCCCAUGUCUGAACAAUUGCUUUUCUUAGCCACGUUGGUCGGGAAGAAGCUGUUUAAAAUGAAGCUGAAGCCUUACAUUCCUGAUUUCAAAUUGGCUUUCGAGCAUUUCUGCAUACACGCUGGUGGAAGAGCCGUGUUGGAUGAAUUAGAGAAAAAUUUGCAGCUAUCUGAUUGGCAGAUGGAGCCUUCAAGGAUGACUCUAUACCGAUUUGGCAACACCUCGAGCAGCUCACUUUGGUAUGAAUUAGCAUAUUCCGAAGCCAAAGGGAGGAUUAGGAGGGGAGACAGGAUGUGGCAGAUAGCCUUUGGAUCAGGAUUCAAAUGUAAUAGUGCAGUGUGGAAAGCUUUGAGGACCAUAAAUCCGGCAAAGGAGAAGAGCCCAUGGAUCGAUGAGAUUCACCAAUUCCCUGUGGAGGUCCCAAAGUGGCGUCGAGCGACACUGAUCUCAGAGUGCCACCAGUCAUUUUGGAUUAUCGGCAUCGAAGGUCAUGGGAGUGGAUGCCACCACGUCGGAGUUGAGGCAUUGAAAACGGCUAUAGGGUUCACCAUCAGUUGCAGCAACGUCGAUCUUGGAGUGCCACCUGUUAGAGUUCAGAGCUCAGCCGUACGCAAUGCACCGCCCAGCAGCCGCCGCCGUUGCUUGGUACCACCAUCAACCACACGUCAUCGCCGUUGGGUUUUCCAGAACAAUACAGAAAUGAGAUCGAAGAUGUACUUCCGUGAACAGAGAGAGGACAUACGGCACAACAAUGACAGCACAGUAGUCGGGACAAUGCUGCUGUAA